CAAACACACACACACCCACCCACCCCGAUAGAUUCUCAUAUUAUCCGCAUGGUGGGGAAAGAUUCUUCAUUGCGCGACAACUUGGACACGUACAGUACAGGCUCGUCUCCUGUCUCUUCCACGUUCUCAAAGUGUGAGAAAGAAAAGAAAAGGCUUUUGACCAUGGCGCAAGGAUGUAUAACAGCAACCAAGUACUUCCUUUUUUUGUUCAACCUCAUCUUUUUUAUUUUAGGAGGCUUGAUGUUGGCUUUUGGACUGUGGAUCCUUCUGGAUAACCAGAGUUUCAUUGUUGUUCUUCAAGAGUCUUCCUCCGCUAUGAAAGUGGGCUCCUACAUCCUGAUCAGUGUUGGCUCUCUGUCCAUGCUGUUGGGAUUUCUUGGCUGCAUCGGAGCUGUGUUUGAGAUAAAGUUUCUGCUGGGCCUGUACUUCACCUUCCUGCUAUUGAUCAUGAUCGCCCAAGUGACAGCCAUAGUGCUCAUUUUCUGCCAGAGAGAACUGUUGAGUGGAGAAUUAACGUUGAUCAUCAACAGAGUAAUUACGAAUUAUAAUGGGAAAAACAGCACUGAUGCUGCCUGGGACUACAUACAAAAACAAGCUUCUUGCUGUGGCUGGUAUGGACCUGGAAACUGGACUGAAAACUUGACCAUUAAGAACAACACCUUCCUGUACCCGUGCUCUUGUGCAAACAUCACAGGUGCACCAUCUUCAGGUUUCUGCAAUGCCAGUUCUUCUGUCUGGCCAGUCUACCAAACGGGUUGUAAGUCAAGUCUGGAUGAUUGGUUUUUCAACAACAUUGGAGUUAUAAUUGGAAUCUGCAUUGCCGUGGCAGUGGUAGAGUUGAUGGGAAUGGCUCUGUCUAUGUGUCUCUGCAAAAGUAUCCAGCCAGAAGACUACAGUAAAGUUUCGAAAAGCGGUCACUGAAAAAAUGAAGAAGUCGUCCCUCUGCCAAACUGAGAAAAGGUCCCCAUGUCAAAAUGUGGAGCAGACAUAUCUUAUCUAGCGCGUGGAUGAGGAAUAAAGACAACAAAAUGCGGCCAGUGUCUCGUAUUGGCCAAGUCUUGCCCCGUUUUUUUUUUUUUGUUGUUGUUGUUUUCUUCAUGUUUGUCUUACAUUGCUUUCUUUUUCAAGUCUUCUUAAUAACCCAGCAAGUCUUGUGACCAAACAGUCCUUUUAUAUCGGCUAAAAUUAUCCAGCAAGUGUUACGUACAUGUUGGACGUUUAGAAAAAUUUCUUUUCAAGAUGUUUGUUUACUGCACUUUAUGCUCUGGGCUGAGACUUUGACUCGGUCGUUUUUGCUGAGUUGUUUUUAUUUGAUGCUCUUUCAGACGUUACAGAGUCGAAAUAAGCAAAUCGUGACUUAUUUUGAAAACGUUUCUUUCCUUCGUUUGGCUGGCGUUUUCCUCUGGUUCUUCACCAGUACGUAUUACGCCAUAGGCUUGUUUUAGUGAUGUGUUUCUGUCAACAUUUGUCUGUUAAAAUGUUUGAAUACUAAAAGUGGUUAUCAACCAAGCAUUUAGAGUUUGUCAGUGUGGAAUUCUGUUUCAUUUAUACUUUGAUUUGCAAUUGCCUGACUAUAUUUUGUUCUUUCAUAUAAUACGAUGAGAAAAUAGGUCAUGCUGUUUCUAUUUUAUUUUUGGAUGUGUUAGAAAAAUGCAUUAAAAAACAAAUUGCUGCACUUUCAGUAUUUAGAAAGAGCACCAUCAACCUUGAUUACGAAAAGUGAGGUAAUAAUCUCAUUUACACUCGUUUUAUUUGGCUUAGAAUUGUUUGACGUGUGUCAGCAGACAACACAUUAAGAGCCUUAAUGCAAAUAUACAACAAAAUGUAAUUGAGGAAGAGCUACCUGAAGAGGCCUCCCCUUACUGAACUCCUCAGGUGGGGGCGGCCCGCCUUUGAGGUAGAAAACCAAAAAUAUUAGGGUAUGUAAAAUGACAUUUGAGAACUCCUGGGCGUCUCCUUUCCAAAUAUGCCAUUAGAGUGCCUUUCAUAUUGGCACCCAGGAGAUGAGAAGCUCUUAACUUUGCUCUGUUAUGGACACUCUGCCUCCUAAACAGCCGCUUCUUUGACUUACGAAGACGAUAUUUUACUAUGUGUCCGCACGAAUGCUUCUUUGAGGGCAAAGGGUACUUUUUUUUAUUUAAGAAUAUUUUAAGGAUGUGUCCAUUUACUUUAAUAUUAAGACUUAUAGCGACCAGAAGUUUUCAUUUAUGUAAUUGUUUUACUUUAAAUUCAUUGACAUGUGAUCCCAUCUUUCAAACUGUAUUUUUGUCUUGACUUAAUUUUAAGGCAAGAAAAGCCACUUGUGCACAACAAUAUUCUAUUGUUUUACCUGAAAAGCUUAUUUAUCCCGUUCAGACCAAUAGGGGGGGGCGACUGUGUAAGAACCUUUAAUGGGCUUUUCGAUGUUUUCUUUUUACCCUAAGCCAUUGGAGAGUUGGUGCUACUGAUCAGACACUCCUGAAAAGUGUCAAAGCUUCGUUAUAUUCUGAAGUAAAAGCACCUGAUGCCAUUACUGGGCCAUCUUAAGGGCGUACUUUAACUCUGCUCGAUGGACUUGGGUUCAUAUUUGAAAGGAAUUUGUCAAAGCUGCAGGCACAGGUGACCGCUGACUUGCUACACAAAGUCCUUAAAUGGGGCAAACUCCCGUAUCCCGUGUUUUUUGAUUUGGAAAUGUGAGUGUAAGUUGGCCAACGCCUGCUUUAUAUCCAAAACAUCAAAAUGUUGCGAGUCUCUUAAACGCAGAGCUGUAUGAAGAAAUUACAGCAUAUGCUUCACGACUCGGACUCUCCAGAAAAUAUUUGUUAAUAAAUGUUUAGCACAAAAAAGAUUU